AUUUAAUCGGGACACUUGCACUGGAUAACCCGCAGUUUUACUUCCCUCCCUUUCUUCUCCCUCUCACCGACCGCCGUGGUUGACAAAGCUCAAGUCUUGACAAACACCACAAACCUGACUACCAUGACGCGGACUCGACAUGUUGGCCGCCAACAUACCAAGGAAUCGCCAUCCUCAGGCAUUUUAACGUGGGUAGCUCGAGCCGCCGCCGCCGCCCGGCUGCAAAACACAUCCGGCGGGCAGGAUCACCCACACACUGGCCCUUCCACAGACCGCCACCGGGGAUCAGGCACUCGCCGGCCUGCCUACCCUCCAGUGACCAAGCCUAUUCCGACGGUGAGGAUUGUCCUGCGCCCGCUUGACCCCCGGUACUGCGGACUCGCCGUCACGGUGCCAAAGGACGCCGACCACUCCUGUCUAGUACGCGCCAUCCGGAAGUGGUACGAUCGGGAGGACCAGCGUCUGGCUACGCGCAGCUUGUUUCGUUUCUACGAUUCCAAGGGGAAACAGCUAGACUUCACCCCUGAAAUCACCAGCGACGAGACGGAAAUUUGGUACAGCGUAUCAAAGUCCGAGCGGCACUUCUCGAGCUGGAAGUUUUCGGACUGGGCAGAUCGCGAGGAUCGGGCUCUCGAUGUGCUCCUCGCUGCGGAGAUUCUCUCCUCCAUCGGAGCAGGCGUGACCGUUGGAGAGCUGAGGCAGACGGUGGCUGAUCAGAUGGGCAUCCAGGACGCCAACAGAGUCGCUCUCAUCGUCCGAGAUGGCAUGCGUCCUGGGGCACUACAAGGGAACCACUGGUGCCUCGGCAAACUCAAAACGUGGCUCUGCCGCUGGAUCUCGAUCGCCUUAGCUCCAGAGCGUGGUUAUGUCAUCCUUCGUGGUGUGCACGGGGUGUUUGUUUACCAUCCCAGAAGAAUCCAAGUGGGCACGCGGAUGCAUCUAAGCUCGGUGGCGGAUUACAUCACCACUCGAGUAUUCCAAAGCCCGUACCCAUGUCGGAUGAGCGAACUGAGCGGCCAGAGCGACCUCGAGCUCGAUCUAGAUGGCACAAUGCAAAACCCCAGGACCGCCACCGUGAAAUGGGGUGCCACAUACGACUUCCGUCUCUCCCACAACCUCGCCGAAGCCGUCAUACUCGAAGGUCCCUGGACCAUGGAGACAACCAAGCAGUGCAGCAUUUGCAUCGACGACAAGUCACGGGACGAGAUGCCCGUCCAGAUCACGCCCCGUUGCACGCACCAGCCCACCGCCUGCAAGGACUGCCUCGGGGAGUGGCUACGGUCCAGCAUCGAACGUGGUGCUUGGGACCGACUGCAUUGUCCAGACUGCCCCGAGGUCCUAAGCUGGCAAGACGUCAAACGGCACGCCCCCGAAGGGACAUUCAACCGAUACGACACGCUAGUCACCCGCGCGACGCUCACCAAGGACCCAACAUUCCACUUCUGCCUCUCCCCAGCAUGCGGAUCGGGUCAGAUGUACGAGGCGGCAUGCCCGCGAUUCGAGUGCAUCAGCUGCCAGGCGUCGUCCUGCCUCCACCACCGCGUCGCCUGGCACACCGACGAGACUUGCGAGGCGUACGACAAGCGCAACCAGGCGCGCCAGGCGGCCGAGAAGGCCUCCGAAAAAGCAAUCCGGGGGUCGAGCAAGCCUUGCCCAAAAUGCCAGCGCGACGUCCACAAGUUCGCCGGAUGCAACCACAUCACUUGCCUCUGCCGCCACGAGUGGUGCUACAUCUGCAGCGAACCCUGGCAGCGCCUCCAAACAGGCGCGCCCUACUGCCGACACGCAACAGGGUGCACGGAGCGCGACGCUUUGUUCGAGGCCUGGGAGGAGCUCAACCCAGGGCUGCUCCUGGCGGCGCCGGGGCCGCAGGGUCCAGGAAACAACAACAACAACAACAACGACGACGCUCCUCCUCCUUUUUUUCGGCCGCCGCUGCUGCCUCCCCAUGACCACCCAUGGCACGACCGGCCCGCCGUCGUUGUCGACAACCCUUUCGUCCCGCAGCGCCUGCGGGACCGGCGGAGAUUGGUGCGACGGUAUCGGCGUCCGCCUGGGCUGGAGGAUGAGCAGGCGGAGGACCCGGAUGAGGGCCAGGAGGGGGAGGGGGAUUUGGAGCCGCGCGCGGACUGAAACUUGGGUGGUUCAUGUGGUGGUGUGAUGGACGGGAUGAGGGGCUGUUGCUGUAAGAGGUUGUUGGUUUUGGGAGGUUGGGUUGUUGUGGGUUGUUGUUGUUUACCUAGGCU